GCUUCUGCUCAGAAUCUGACGUGGAAGUCGCUGCCGCAAAGAAGGCUUAGCCUGGACCAGGGCUGGGGCCGUGGCCGUGGCCGGGGCUGGGGUUGGGGAGCCCGAGGAGGCCAAUCGGCCGCGGCGGCGUUGAAGCCCAAGGAGUAGCUGUAGGACUUGGAGACCACGCACUGAACUGCGAGGAGCCGGCGCAGCCAUGGGUGGCUUUUUCUCAACUAUUUUUUCCAGUCUGUUUGGAACUCGGGAGAUGAGGAUUUUAAUCUUGGGAUUAGAUGGAGCUGGAAAAACAACCAUUUUGUACAGAUUACAAGUUGGAGAAGUUGUUACUACUAUUCCUACCAUUGGUUUCAAUGUUGAGACAGUGACAUACAAAAACCUUAAAUUUCAAGUCUGGGAUUUAGGAGGACAGACAAGCAUCAGGCCAUACUGGAGAUGUUAUUAUUCAAACACAGAUGCAGUCAUUUAUGUCGUAGACAGCUGUGAUCGAGACCGCAUUGGAGUUUCCAAGUCGGAGUUAGUUGCCAUGUUGGAGGAAGAAGAGCUAAGAAAAGCAAUUUUAGUGGUGUUUGCAAAUAAACAGGACAUGGAACAGGCCAUGACACCCACAGAGAUGGCAAAUUCACUUGGACUUCCUGCCCUGAAGGACCGAAAAUGGCAGAUUUUCAAAACCUCAGCAACCAAAGGCACUGGCCUUGAUGAGGCAAUGGAAUGGCUAGUGGAAACGUUAAAGAGCAGGCAGUAGCUUCCCGCGAUGAACGGAACGUCAGACAUCCCUGCUGAACAGUCAGAGGAGCCGCACACUACCAAAUGUUAACACAAUUUCUGGCAUCUAUUGGACUGACAAAGACCCAUGAGAGCGAAAAUAAAGUUUUUGUUCAAGGGAUGUCUUAUCAUGAUUGAACCAACUGAAUGUCUAUCCUGUAUUAUAUAAUCCUUCCUUGCUUUCCCCUUUUGUUGAGGUAGAAUUUGUUCGUUUGUAUGGAUUCUAGCCAGGCAUAGUCCCUUUGAAGAAUGCAUCCUUGUUGGAAUUAAACUUUAAUUUUGGAGUUGGUGGCUAUAGCUUGUUAUUUGUAAACACUAAUAAAUAUUGUAACUGUCA